CGUUUCCAUGGCAACAAUAAUCCUAGUAAUAUUGAUCGAUGAUGGCAAUCGCCAGGUUCCAAGGCAAUUCUUCCCAAUCCCUGGAAUUCCGUCAGGUUUGAGCAAUGACAUUGCCUGUGUAUGUGGGAAUCAUUUAUAUCUACGACACCAAGCGCGCGAACUAGCAGAUGCAUGCAAAUCACAGUGCAACACUGCUUUAAAAAACCUGGGCCAACAACGAUCAAGCACAGUCAAUCAAUAUCCUACGAUACAUUGUUGACAUGUUCUCAAUAUGAGCAGACGACUUUGUUGCAUAUGUAAUGAGUCAGAGCAAGGGUUGCAAAUACAAAGCAAUGGAAUGAGGUUGGAUAGGUGAAUAACCACAACGGGAGCCGUCGUGCCAUGGCCAUCAGCUAUAAUAGCUGCAGUUAGACUGAUCGAUGCCAUUGGGUUCUAGUCGAAUGGAUUGUGCGGGUGAGGAGGAUUCUUGACUUGAUUAUCCGCAUCAUGUGGCUUUAAUUUGUGAUCAUCUGCUGAUAUUAAGUGACAGAGCCGAAAACGAUAGGAAUAUAUAUGCAGAGAAGUCCUUUUCGGAGGCAGGUUUUUUUAUCGAGGUUCUUCUUACCAUUUCCAAGCUCAGUCUGCAAGGCGGCGUACCGCAGCUCAAAGCUCGAAGUGAGGUUGCAUGCCGAAGCGUUAGAGAACUGACGGAAACAAAACAUUGGCCGCGGUUUCGUUUGCCGUGACCUUAUCGAGAUACACCAAGGAUAACCACUGACGGAAGUGCAAGGCAAAGAGAGAUUGUCAUUCGUUGAUAGCUCGUCUAGUUCAAGCUUUAGAACGACAAUGUCUAACCAAAGCGAAACAACCACUGAUUUUGAUCCUCAUUCGUACAAGGUUCCUGGCUUUUACCAUUAUGAAGGAAUCGUCAUGGGUUCCUGUACGCCACGUGACCAAAUUGAUGGCGUCCGGAAAAUGGAGCUGCACGAGGAUGACGUCAUCAUCGCGUCUUAUCCCAAAACAGGGACGACUCUGGCACAAGAGAUCACAUGGCUAAUACGCCACAAUGCUGACAUUACAGAGGCAAACAAAGAGAGCACCUUCAACCGUGUUCCCUUCUUGGAAUAUUAUUACCCGCCCACGGACGAGGUAAACGGCCUGGAGCACGCGAACAGGGCGCCACGCCCGCGCCAUCUGAAGACGCAUCUUCCCUAUCGUCUACUACCGGAACAGGCAAAGGCGGGAAAGUGCAAGAUCAUCUACGUCAUGAGGAACCCGAAGGAUGCGUUGGUGUCGUAUUAUUUCUUCUACAAGAGCUUGGUAACAUUUGGGAAGUUCCAAGGAACAUGGAACGAAUUCUUCCAGAUGUUCUUGGUAGAUAAUAUAUACUGGGGGAAUAUCUUCGACCAUUAUCUAGGCUGGUGGAAGCACAGGGACAAUCCGAACAUAUACUUCGUUAAGUACGAAGAUAUCAUAGGAAAUCAGAGAGAGGAGGUUGAGAAAAUAGCGAAAUUUGUCGACUGGAACCUAACCUCGGAAAAGUUGGAUAUCAUAACUGAGGCGACCACUUUUAAGACCAUGAAAUCCAACCCCAUGACGAAUGCGGAGAACUUCACAAAGGAGAUUGACUCUGGUGUGUCGCCCUUCAUGAGGAAAGGGGUGGCUGGGGAUUGGAAGAAUCACUUCUCUGCUGAACAGAAUGAGAUGAUGGACAAGCUGAUUGCAGAGCGGCUUGGGGGUACGGGGCUAGAGUUUUAUUACGGAUAAUGGACGCAUCACCCGGAAUGAUAACUGUAUACCUUUCACAAGCACUAAUUUGGGUCAUCUUGGCAGUCUUCGCUAUGCUUCUCCCGCAAAGAUUACGCGGCCAAAAUUGAUUAGAGGGCUUCGGAUUGUGCAAGUGUGACCGGUUCCCUUCAUGAAACUGAUAAAUGCGAAUGAACAGGUAACUGACAGGGGGAUUUCAUGCAGCAACUACAGAUUUGGGGGGGGGGGGGGAAUUCGGCUCCGUCGUGGACUUCAAUUCCUAAUGAACCUAAUGAAGUUGAUUACAGUUGGGUGUGACAGUAAAGUGCUCCCGGGAAAGUACUCAUUUAUGUAUCGUCAUUAAGCGGUUUUAUGUAUGGCUUUCGGCAUAGUUAAAUGUACAGCUAGCUAUAGAAGUGUAACACGCGAACAUAAGAGGCGUCCCACAAUAAAGCUUACCACUUAAAAUAGUCAAAUCGAUCGCUUCCUUGUAAAAGCUUCCCCAGCAAACACAGCCUUUCAUUCAUCCUAAUUUCAAACCAAUCUUCGCCAGCGGUAGAGAUAAUUCUCACUUCGUCUGACGUUGAUCCGAAGAAAGUCUAUCCAUAGACACCCCCCUGCGGAUAUGAGACUUAUCAAUUAUACCAAAACAGAGAUCCUUUAGGCAACUACCCCCCCCCCCCCCUUAACCAGUCCAAAUAAGUCUUCGGAGCAAGGAAGUCAUGAAGCCUGCCGGUACUGAAAAUUUUGUUUUGAAGGCGGGGUUGUCGCCCGAAUUGGCGACUCCUGACAAAACGGAGAUCUUUGCCGAAUUGGUCAACGUGCUGGCGGUGCUGCACGUGGAUACGAUCCUUGUCGAAAAUGGCCUCUGUUCUAGAGAGAGCCAUACACCAACCGGGAUCACUGAGAAAGCCAAAUGUCUAAAACGAUUCUGGCUUGAGGCUAUCAGACGAUUUACAUGUACACAAACAACAGGUUUUUCAUUAUGAUUUGCAUGACUUCUGCAAGUCAUUCGAGAAGCUGUCCACGAGUCAAGAAGGAAGGAAACCAUGUCACUCCUUGGCCUGUUCGUUUUUGUUGGCUUCUUUUGCGCGGUAUUUUCCAUCUAUGGUCAAGUGUAUAUGGGCCCGAAGACGAGCGGAAAAGAUGAUUCAAGGUCUUCAAUCAAGUGUCCUGGUGGAUCUACCGGAAUCAAGUGCAAGUGUGUCCCGGGACCAAGGUCAAUCUGUGACGGCGCGUGGUUUCGCCGCGACAAAGCUACAUGCGUGGCUCAGACCGGGGGAAAGAAAAUAGCGCAAAUAUUUCGUAGUUUUUUUUCGAGGAGAGUGAGAUCUUUUGUACAAGCCAGGGUGACAUGCAGUAGCGAUAUCAGCCGGGACAUGAUCACGUUAGUAGGCAACCUCUCCCCCAAUCGGCGAGGGUUGGAGUCUUGCCCCACAGGAACGAAGCUGAUAUCGUGUACGAUCUAUACCCACAUCAGCCAUCUCUACAAACGUCAUGAAACGGUACCUGUAAUCCGUGGGAAUACGUGCGCUGCGCAAAAAACGUGCAAUAAAUGUGCCGUACAGGUGGUUUGCCUUCAGGAGACGACCCCAUAGUUCGGCUGCCCCCCCCCCCCCGUGACGUUCCGACAUUCCGACUCGAUCUGCGAUACCAGAUGGAUGGUCCUGUUGUCUGCCUGAUCUCAUUAUAAAUGAGGUGGCAACUCUUUAGCUGACUGUGCCAUAAAAAGGAAGCUUUAUUUAGUUCAGUUCCAAGUUCAGCUGCUCUUUCUCCAAUCGGACAUACACACGGCGUAAUAUUCAAGCAAAAAAGCUCUCUGUCGGGAUUUGACUCCAUGUUGUAAAGUCACUGUUCAUCAAAACCCCUCAUCGCAAUGAAAUUGGACUGAAAGUAGCCACGGUCGUGGAUUUCUACUUACUUUUUGGAUGAAUUUCCCAAAAUGUACAUGUAUGUCGUUCUAGAUUAAACGGCUUCAACCAAAAUGUGUUUAUGUCAUAAUUUAACCAUGUCACAAACUUUCGCCGUCAAGAGGCCCUUAAAUG